CGAGCACACUGCGCACGCGCAGAGUCUUCCAGCUCCCUCACCGCUCCCCUUCACGGGUCGGAGCUACUGUCGCGAUACAGAGCGAAACAAAGUACGACUGGGUUUUAUAUCGGAAUAGCCGGACCUCGCCGCCCAUUCGGGACGAGAGUUGGCGACAGCUGUAACGGGGCGCUUGCGUAGUUCCUUGUCACACAGCUGUUGCAAGAAAAAGUGAACUUCAAUGAACCUAUCUCCAUCCACAACCUCAGAGGGCCUGAGUGAUGCCCAGCCAGGGAGCCCAAGCUCACAUCAGUUUGUACCACUAAACCCUGGAGGAGCAAAAGCAAAUGGCCCAAAUAAGAACAGCAAAAAAGGGCAACGCAUGGACCGCAGCAGCGAAGAGUAUCGACUGCGGCGGGAACGCAACAAUAUGGCUGUAAAAAAAAGUCGAUUGAAGAGCAAACAAAAAGCUCAAGACACACUGCAAAGAGUCAACCAGUUAAAAGAGGAGAAUGAAAGACUGGAGGCCAAAAUCAAGCUUCUUACCAAAGAGCUGAGUGUGCUUAAAGACCUUUUCUUAGAGCAUGCGCACAACCUUGCAGACAAUGUGCAACCAGAAACUUCUGCAUCCGGGCAGGAGAGUGCAGGACAGUAACAAUCAAACAUGACUGCCAUUCACUUAUGGUCAAAUGAAAGACUUGCUGCACUCAGUUUAUAUCCUGAUACUUAGUGUAGUUGAGGCCAGAAACAACAAUGUGUGUAUGGUUUGGGAUCUUAUUUAUGCAGGAAGAUGACAGUGGUGCCAUUAGUGGUCCUUCAGUAACAAGUACACUUGCCUUUUUGAAACUAUCAUAAGAUAUGGCUUUACUUGCCAGUGAAAAGGAGUUUGCAAAAAACAAAGUUAAUAUUUCAGUGUAAUCUCAACAUGACUCUAUUUAAAAUCUCACAAUAUUGGUUUACCCCCGAAUAUUCUACCUAAUCAAGUUUUAUAUUUGUAGAAUGAAUGUGGUUUUAAUGUCUCCCCUCCCCCCCUC